ACCUCGCGGCGGCAACAACCCUGCAUUGCGAUGCUGUUCUGCCGUUCCGUCUCCUCAUCCACUCAGUGACGCUGUCAUCAUGGAGGAAGAACAGUUACCUGCAACGGAGUGAAGACGACAACCACACAAACGCGAGGUCACCACCGGCGGCAAUCUAUUGCGUCUUUAUAAGGCUCCUCUCAUUUCUUCUUUCCUGAAUACAUCGGCCAUUGCCCGUGUGUCAUUUUUAAAGAACAGAUAAGGAACUCGGCAAAACCAUAAAAAUGAAGCAUUUUUUGAGGGUGGUGACACAGUUCUUUGUGUUCCUGUACUGUAAAUGUCUGUGGCGAGGCCUGAAGUUUGUGAUCAGGAAGGUCACGGGGAGGUGCGAACUGCAACGGAUCUGCCACAACAACAAGCCAGGGGCCCGAAGGACCCUUAAGAUCGAGUCUUCCCUCAAGUACUCAAAGAAUGAGCUGUGCCAGUCUGCUCUCAGUGCUCACCCAGACCGAGUGGAGAAGACCAUCGAUGACAUCAUGACCCUGAAGAAGGUCAACCCUGACACUAACCCACAGCUAGGCAUCUCCCUCCAGGCCAGUCUGUUUCAGAUCGUCGGCUACCGUAGCCUGGUGGCGGAGGUGGAGAAGCUACGCAGGGAGCCGUACGACUGUGAGAACCCCGACCAUGAGGAGAUGCUGAUGAAGCUGUGGAAGACACUGCGUCCUGAUUCGCCACUCACCGGGCGGAUCUCCAAGCAGUGGUGUGAGAUCGGUUUCCAAGGCAAUGACCCCAAGACUGACUUCAGGGGUAUGGGUCUACUGGGCCUACACAAUCUUCUAUAUUUUGCUGAGCAUGACAAGGCCACCGCUCUCCAGGUGCUUCAUGACUCCCUGCAGCCCAAACACAGGAGCAUUCCCAAAGAGGCAAGCAAAAUGAGCAAAGCAGAAUGGGAACAGAAGAACUUUGAUAAAGCAAUUGGAUACUCCUUUGCCAUCGUGGGCAUCAACAUCACGGACCUGGCCUACUCUCUGCUGGUGAGCGGAGCCCUGAAGACCCACCUGUACAACGUAGCCCCGGAGAUGCCCAGCCUCAGCCACUUCCAGCAGACCUUCUGUUACCUAAUGCAGGAGUUCCAUCGGUUCUGGAUCGAGGAGGACCCCUGUGACAUCAUGGAGUUCAACCGUGUGCGUUCCAAGUUCCACCGGCGAGUGCUGCGGCAGCUCAAGAACCCCGACAUGGCGCUGUGCCCCCACUUCGCCGCCUCCGACCUCCACCUGGUCAACCUGUAAAUACACUCCCCCUGACUUCUAACCCCUGACCCUAUACCUCUAACCUCCUCACCCCCCCCCCGUCCUCCCAGCUACAUCACGUCACUGCCAACCGCUCACCCCGCCAGCACUCACACACACCCACCCCACCACGCCCUGCCUCUAACCCCCACAGCGACUUCAGAACCACCAGCACCACUAGAUGACCAUGGCGAUUGUAGGGGUGCAUGAUGAGGCUGCACCACAUAGUCAUUCACUGACUCAUUGUUAUUCCUUGCUUUAAUGAUUUGUGAUUGUACAACAGCCAUUCAUUGCUGGUUAUGUAUUGCUAUUAUUAUGCAUUUUUAAAGAAAUAGUUUACCCAAAUUACAAAAUGAAUAUGUACUUUGGGUGAACUAUCCCUUUAAUUGAAUCAUCAUGAAACAAGUGCUUUGUUUUCUCCAUUCUGUUAGCCCCUUGAAUACAUCUCAUUGUGAUGAAUGUUCGGCUGUGACACCAAAAAUAUUUGAGUACAUUUAAGGAGACAGUGCUUCCUCUUUACCAUUAGCCAGGGCAAUAACAGUCGGCCUAAGCUGUGCUGUCAGACUGUCAGAAGUCACAAACUGAAAAGGCUUCAUAAGCUUCCUAUGCUUAUGUAGGGAAUUGUACAAGAGCUAUGUACUUAUUCUAUAUUUGGCUCUGUAGUCUAGUGUACUGCACUGUACUGUAUAAGGAAGUCAGAGUUACUGUCCAAUCCUAUGUUGCCUGCCGUAUUUAAGUGGGGAAGCAGCAAGGCUUUGUGUUGCAAUGUGCAGACAGACAAUUCUAUCAGUUGAGGAGGGGUAUAUGAAGGAAAUGAAAGUAGGCUAAUAAAAGAAGAUUGCUUUAUGUUACAUGAGCUGGAAAAAAAGGGCCUAUGCACUAUAUAGGACUGGACUCAUUUGCAGUCAAAACCAAUCAAGAGAGAUAGCAGACAUUCAUUCAUCCAAUUAAAUCACUAGCAGCCAUCAUCUCAGCAAGGCAGUUUCUUUUCUAAAUCAUUUGUCCAAUAUUUAUCAAUUGUAUUUAAUCACAUUUGAGGUCAAAUGCAUGAUAAGAACACUUCACAAGAGCAUAAUUCUCAUUGCCAAAAUGUAGACUAAUGUGGACAAUUCACAUUAAUCAGAAUAGCAGUUUGAAGAAAUUGUCAUUUAUUUUAUGAAUGUUAUUCAGCUAUGUCCAUGAUUGUUUGAUUUGUAAAUCUUUAUUCAGCUAUGUCCAUGAUUGUUUGAUUUGUAAAUCUUUAUUCAGCUAUGUCCAUGAUUGUUUGAUUUGUAAAUCUUUAUUCAGCUAUGUCCAUGAUUGUUUAAUUUGUAAAUCUUUAUUCAACUAUGUCCACGAUUGUUUUAUUUGUAAAUAUUUUUAGAUAUAUUGAAUGUGACACAUUAAAUGUUCACUGAAUUAGUAAAUCAAUUAUUUACAUUCCCCCCAUGAGACAUACAUAUGACUUUGGGUGUUUUCAUACUUGGUCCCAUUCAGACAAUUUUUGUGAACUCAGUUUUUGUGAAAAAACGUGUGCUGUUUUUGGAUAUUGAUUAGUGAUUGUCAAGGAUGCACAGAAAUUCCAAAAUAUGAGUUUUUAGUUCAGAUUAUUUGUUUGCAAUAUGUGAUCUAUAGGCUAAGCGAGCUUCAUAAACUGUUUAUUCAAUUGUGCAAUAUAAAACUACAAUAUGUAACUUUUUGGCGACCUGACCAAAUUCACAUAGAAAUGUGAGUUAAAGAUUCAUUCCCAUUGAAAGCAAGUCUACAAAGCUAUAGAUCUCUUCUAUGAGUGCUGUUUCUAUGCUACCCGUUCUGAAGUUUUGUUUUUGCGUAGUUUACUUUCGGUUUUGCACACCAGCCAUUUCUGCAUAGUGCAUCUUUAAAUAGUGUGAAAAGACAACAUAUUUGGUGAAAAUCACAACACGGGGUGCAAAAUAAAUUAUAUCUCUGAAAGGGCCAGUAGCCUACAUUGGGUGUACAAUUUUCAAUUACAGCAUUAUUUAAUCUGCAGAUAUUUGUCUGCUAUUUAUUCUGUUACCAAUAGAAAUUACAUGUUAAUAGUAUCUUCUGAUUACAAUUAUAUCUCAUCUUUUAACUAAAUGCAAUUUAUUAGCUACCAAAAUGUAAGUAGGUAUAUCUAGCUGUCCGAUAACACAUGCUGAUAGAAUGGUUUGUCCUGCACUUUUGUAAAACCCAGAGUGAAUUGAGUGAAUGUUGGAAAAAGAUAUUGGUUCCUUUCUAAACAUAGAAAUGUGAAUGCAAAGAGGACUUGAACCACAAAAUAGGUGAAGUGAACUGGCAAAAUAGUUGAGUACUCAUUCAAAUGCGAAGGCAGCAUGAAUACAAAGAGAAUUGGGUUAUUUAGCUAUUUUUUUUCACUUUAAAGAGGACUGAGAUUGAGUUAUUUUAAAAAGGACCAUGUGAAAACACCCUUAGUUGUUACUGUAGGCUAAUAAUCUUGUUUGCAACAGUUCUGCCUGUGUUGUUGUUUUACUCACUGUAUGGCAUAAUCAAUGAAAAGUAAAAGGCAAUUUAAUGUAACCAAUGAUUUUGGAAGGAAGCGGGAUCACAAGCGUUAUUCCCCAUAGAACGAGCUGUGUCGAGUGACUGACUAAAGCUUACACCAAUGCCUCCAAACUGAAUUCACAUUUUGCUGUGUUUUUUUUUGUGACUAAUUUAUAUUACAGUGACUGGAAUAUUAUUCCAGGUGUGCAUGUUUUGUACUUUUCCAUUGUACUUCUUUUGAACGGGGUAAAGACCACUCAUUUCUAAUGGUUAAUUAAAGGGACAUUUUACACAAUACAUGAAAGUUUGUCAGAUGUUUUCAGACCUCAACUACGUUGUGAGAUGUAGUGAAAUCAGACUACUUUUGAGGUCUGAAAACAUCUGCCAAACUUUGAUUUGAAAGUGUAAUGCCCUUCUGAGAUUUUUAUGGUUCAGAUAGUUCACUGCAUGAUAUUAUCAGCUAGGGCUUUCAGUGAACACCACAAGCGUAAUUAUCAUAGGCCUUCUUUAAAAAAAAAAACUUGUCUUGUUGAAAUGCCAUGCUUGCACAGUUUCUUUAUUUGGAAUAGUAUUUAUGAACAGGUUUGUUACCUUUUAAGUGAAUGUCAAUGCUUGUGAUCCGUCGUUUUGCAGCAGUUUGUUUCAGUGCAUGUCAACGUGUGGUUUGUCUUGUUGCAGCUUUGCUCUUUCUUUCGCUUGAUGGUCGUCAACAGUGCACUUUUGGAAAUAAAUACGAUUUCAUGUCACUCAAAUACACUAUAGUGCAACACUGUUUUGUGUUAUUUGAGUGUAUUUGGGCUUAAUGCUCAAUAAAGAUGUAGAUGUUGUUAGAUACAAUCUGCUGUACAUACUGCUUGAAGAAAUGCUACUAAAAAGAUCAUCUUAAGCAAUAUGCAUGAUCAAACCCACGAUGUCGCUGCUCCUCCGGCAUCUUGUGCUGCUUCUAUUUAAGCCUAGAUCAUGAGAAGAUACAUUCUAGACAACUAGGAACUUAUUUGUGCUUCAAUUCUUUGUGCUGUGUAACAGUUACUUUUAGAGACCACAAUAAAAUAUCAAUGUAAUUAAAGGA